AUGGAGUCGAUCGGAGUACUCCUCGUGGCUCGCGUGAUGCCGUACCUGGAGCAGGAGCUCGACAAGCGCUUCAAGCUGUUCCGCGCGUGGGAGUACCCGAACCGGGCGCAGCUGCUGAGUCAGCAUGCCGCCGCCAUCCGUGCGGUGGUCGCAAGCUCGAGCGCCGGCGCGGAUGCGGCGCUGAUCGAGGCGCUGCCGAAGCUGGAGAUCGUGUCGAGCUUCAGCGUGGGAGUGGAUAAGAUUGACAAGGAGAAGUGCAGAGAGAAGGGGAUUCCUGUGACCUACACGCCGGACGUGUUGACCGACGAGGUCGCGGAUCUCACUAUUGGCUUGAUACUGGCGCUCCUCAGGAGGAUUUGCGAGUGCGAUCGCUUUGUCAGGAGCGGCCAGUGGAAGCGCGGUAACUACAAGUUGACCACUAAGUUCUCUGGGAAAACUGUUGGCAUUAUUGGGUUAGGGAGAAUAGGGGAAGCCAUUGCGAAGAGGGCUGAAGGAUUUAAGUGUCCAAUAAGCUACUACUCAAGAACUGAAAAACGAGAGUCGAACUACAAGUACUAUCCAAGUGUUGUAGAAUUAGCAUCUAAUUGCGACAUACUGGUUGUAGCUUGCGCACUGACUGAGGAAACCCACCACAUAAUCAACAGGGAGGUGAUCAAUGCCCUGGGUCCCAAGGGUUAUCUUAUCAACAUUGGAAGAGGUAAGCAUGUUGAUGAAACAGAGUUAGUGUCGGCACUUGUAGAAGGUCGUCUUGGUGGGGCUGGGCUAGAUGUGUUUGAAAAUGAGCCUAGUGUUCCAGAAGAGCUAUUUGGGCUUGAAAAUGUUGUCUUGCUUCCCCAUGUUGGAAGUGCCACAGUAGAAACUCGAACGGCCAUGGCGGACCUUGUCCUUGGAAACCUGGAAGCUCAUUUCCUUGGAAAGCCGCUGUUAACUCCCUUAAUUUAAUCUCUGCCUCCAUGGAACUUCCAGGAUUGAUGGAUCUGCAUUAGGUACACACAUUUACCACCAUUUUAUAAUUUCUGUCAUCCAAAUAAAUUAUCAGGACAGCUUUUUAAGGUCUACAUUCCUGUUUCAUCUAUGAAUUUUUAUUUAGUUCAUCUUCACGUCUUAAUAACAUUAACAUUAUGGAUGAA